AUGGCGGCCGAACUCCCGGCCGAGUUCCUGUCGCUGGAGGCGGACUUUGUGGACAGCAAGAUGGCUAUCAACAACAGCAUCAGUGACAUUUUGCGUGGAGGAGCCAGCGCGAUGUCAAAUGCCUCGCAGAUCGCCCAGGCUCGUGUGGUGGAAGCUCAGCGCUGUGUCAAUAUGUAUCGAGAUGAGCUGCAAGGGCUUAUUCGUGACUUGGAACGCGCGCAGCUCAUGGCACGGGAGGGCAAAACUACCUCCAGCACUGCCAACCAGUACGAGCGCUUGAUUAAGAACAACGAUCGAUUAGCCAAGUCCUCAAAGAAGCUUGAAGACACGCAUCGGAUUGUUGCCGAGACUGAAGAGGUCGGAAUUACUGUGCUAGAUACGUUGGCCAGUCAGCGUGAAAGUCUCCUAGGAGCCCAUGAAAAGGUCCGUGAGACGGGUGCAAUGACAACCGAGGCUCGACGGAUCCUACAGCGCAUGACUCGCCGGAUCAUCACCAACACCAUCGUGCUGUACACGACCAUUUUCGUGCUCAUCGUCGCAAUUUGCUACGUCAUUUACGCAGACUUUAUCAGAGCCACGCAAAUGUUCUAA